UAUUGCGCAGGCGCACAACGAUUUCCCGUUCUCAAACAAUAUGGCCGAAACUGAGACGGUCUAUUGUUUAUGUCGAAAACCUUAUGACGAGUCUGAGUUUAUGAUAGAAUGCGAUAUUUGCAGAGACUGGUUUCAUGGAAGCUGUGUAGGUGUGCAAGAACAUCAGGCAUCAGAUAUUGAAAUAUACCAUUGUCCAAACUGCCAGCUUACACAUGGUCCUCUUCUCUUGAAAAAGAGACAAAAUUUCCACAGACAUGAUUAUUCUGAAGCUGACGUCGCGAAUAAGGCUGUUCAAACAGGAACUGUUGUAUUUAUUAAAGAAUUAAAAAACAGAACAUUUCCCAGUGGAGAUGAACUUCCUUUAUUACGACUGCAUGGCAGUGAGCUGAUACCAGAGUUCUUUAAUAAAAAUGGUCUUGAUACUCCAAUAUUGGUAGAAAAAAAAGAUGGCAUGAAUUUAACAGUUCCACCAAGUACAUUCACAAUUCAGGAUGUUGAAAAUAAUGUUGGUUCCAUGCGAGAAAUUGAUGUGAUUGAUGUCUCUAAACAGGAAGAUUGUAAAAUGUUAAUGAGAGAAUGGACAGAGUAUUACAACAGUCCAAACAGAGCAAAGAUAUUUAAUGUUAUUAGUUUAGAAUUCUCAAAAACAAAACUUUCAGAGUUAGUUACACCUCCAGUAAUUGUAAGGCAGUUGAGCUGGGUAUCAAACUUAUGGCCUGACCAAUUACCAGAGGAUUGUACCUACACACGACCAGAAGUACAGAAAUACUGUCUGAUGGGCGUGAAAGAUAGUUUUACAGACUUCCAUAUAGACUUUGGUGGGACAUCAGUUUGGUAUCAUGUGUUAUGGGGUGAAAAAGUAUUUUACAUGAUCAGACCAACAUCAUCAAAUGUUUCCUUGUAUGAGAGUUGGGUAUCUUCAUCGAACCAGAGCGAGACAUUCUUUGGUGAUCAGGUUGAUGUAUGUUAUAAAUGUGUAGUUAAACAGGGACAGACAUUCUUCAUUCCUACAGGAUGGAUUCAUGCUGUCUUAACUCCAAUAGAUUCAUUAGUUUUUGGCGGAAAUUUUCUUCAUGAUUACAACAUACCAUUACAGUUACAGGUGUAUGAUAUAGAGAAAAGAGUAGGAACACCACAAAAGUUUUUAUUUCCUAGUUUUGAAACAACAAACUGGUAUGCAGCAAAACACAUCUAUGAUUUAAUAAAAGACUAUACAGAAGAGGGAAGAAUACCUCCCGAUUACCUUGUACAGGGGGCCAAGGCCCUGGGGUCACAUCUGAAGUCUUGGACACAAAGAAAAGAUCUCAACAACCUCCAUCUCUUUGUGAAAGAUGCCAAACACGACCUUCCAGAACAUGUGCAAUAUGGACGUCUGUUGAAAGAACUGUCAAAAGAAGUCAAAUCUAUUGAAAAUACGAUAAAAAGUAGUCCUGUGAAAGUGAAAGAGAAAGUAAAGAAAAAGAAGAAAAACAACAUGCCAACACCUAAACAGAUGGUGAAUAUAGAUCUGUUACAUCAGCAUACUCAGGAGAAAUUACAGGAGUUACAACAUGAUGAGAAGAUAGGGGUGUAUAACUUUAAAGAUGAAGAAGAUGAGAACACUCCAGCUUCUCUGAAAGUAAGAAUUCCUAAAGCAGGUGCUUACAUGGAAAUGAAACAGGAAGUAAAAUCUGAUCCAGAUGAUCUCUCAGGGAAAUCUGUCGGUUUGAAGCUCAAGGUGUCUAAUGGGAAAAUUAUUAGUGAUAUAGGUAAAAAGAAAUCUCAGGGAACUAAAAAAUUUCAGCCGUUGAUCGGUGAUGCAGGUGCUGAUGAGGAUAGUGAUGUGGAUAAUCUGGUUGUGGACGAGAAUCCUAAACGUGGGAAACGGCAAUCUGCACCUCCCCCGUCAUCGGCAACAACAAUGAAACAAGGAUCUCUCAAGCUCAAAUUAUCUUUCCAUGGUAAACCAAUGCCUCCAGGCACAUCUAGUCAAGAAAGUAGUCAAGAAAGUAGUCAGGAGUCAGAAAGUGCAGCAAGUCAGAGUGAAUCAGAGGGUCUAGAGGAUCGAACCAACCUUCCAACAAUAAGAGGAGGACUCAAUGGUAGUAUAGCAGAUAUUCUAGAGGCCAGUGGCUAUGGUACAGAGACAACAUUUACUGUUGAUGAGGAUGUUGGAAGAGCCUCACCAAGUAUGAGAGAAGCUAUUCAGGGAAUGCUAUCCAUGAGCCAAAUGAAUGAAAUUGAAUUGUUUUCCAAAGGAGGUAAAUCCAGACAACAUCAAAGAUCUCAGCUAGUUAUUGAUGAAGAAGAAAGAUUACAGAAUUGUUAUAAAGAUGAUGAAUUCAUAUAUCCUGACCUUGAAAUGUCAGAUGAAGAAGAAGGUGGAAGAGGAAAGAAGUCAAAGCAUGAUGAUAAUUGGAAUCCUAAAGCUCGUGUACAAGUAACAAUACCUAAGGGAGAAAGGCCACACAGAGAGGGGGUACGGAAGGAGGCAGUUGAACAGAUCUUAGCAGCCGCAGCAGCAAAGCCAGCUCCAAUACAGAAACCAAAGAAGAUCAGAAAGAGAAGUAAAUCAGAAACAUUACCAGAACCCAUAUCUAUGCCAGGAACAGCCUUAUCAUCAAGUUCAGGUUCAGCCUUCCGUCCAAAUCUGUCAAAACCUCAACCAACGACACCAACCAGUCCGGAAAGUCCUACCAAACCCAAGAAACCUAAAAAAGGUCAAGCGACAGCCAAACAAAGACUUGGAAAAAUUCUGAAAAUUCACAAACUAGGAAUGUUUUAACUACCUCAUCAUGUUAUAAGGAAGUGUGUCUAUGUGUGUGUGUAUGUGUAUGGUUUUGUAUAUAUUAUGAAAAAUCUAUGCAAUUUUAAAUUACUUUGGUGAAAUUAGAAUAUUUAUCAAUGAAAUGGAUUCAUUUAAAAAAAAAAGAAGAAGAGAAGCAGGUGAAAUUAUUAUCAAUUUUAAUGUAUCACCUUUAUGCAUUUUUUCAAUUGGCCAAAUUUCGGUUCUCUAUAUUCACAAUUAGAUCAAGAGAUAUCUUUUUUUUUUUUUUAAGUUUUUUAAAGUUUUUUUGUUGCUUUUGAUGCAUUUUGCCUGGUGCAAGAAAACAUAUAGGUUGAGUUUCCCUUAAAAAAUUCUCUUGAAUUUAUUGAAUGAUGUUAUAAUUAUGUCAUAAAUGAAAUUCUAUUUUUAUUCUAUCUUCAAAUUCAAGGGGUCAAAGUUUAGAUAUGUGUAAAAUAUUUGUUUUGUUUUAAAAUUGAACUGGUCUUUAGUCAAGUUAACAGUAUUAAUGGACAUUUGAAGUUUAUAGCAAAAAUACUGAAAUUCACAUAUUUGAAACAUGUAAUUUGAUAUAAAAACAUAUCUUUAAACUGUAAAUCAAUACACUAUAAGUAUUAUCAAAUAAUUUAUUUUUUUUUUUUUUUUUCAGAGGUAAAGGCAAUUUAUUCAUAUUUUUUUCUCUCAAGUUGUAGUAGUUUUUUUCAGUAACUAUUUACUACCAGUAAAAAAACACUAUAAACCUAAUAGAUUUUUAUAUAAUCAGGUGACCUUAUUUGCUGUUCAUUAAAUGGUUGCGUGCUUAAAAAAUGUCAGUAUUUUUUGCAUAUCAUUUUAAUAACAAUGAAAUUGAAAAUUUAAAUAAAUUUAACCCUAUGACAUCAAUACUAUGUGGGCAUUCUAACUAAAUGCUCAAAGGUUAAAAAAAAAAGAAUAGAAAAAAUGGCAUCCAUAAAUAACAAAAUGUAUCUACAUCAAAAAUAUUUUUGAACACUUUUAUGCCCUUGAUGUAUUAAAAUUUUGAAUAUCUUAAAUGCAUUGACUUUUUUUUAACAUUUGUUACAAUUAUAUGUAAUUAAGACCCCAAUAACUUUGAUAGUUAAAAACAUACCUUCAAUCUUGUUUUUAUAUUGCUUUCAAAUCACUGCUUCCCACACCCUUUAAAAAGGAAAUAACAAAUGUUAAAGAAUAUUAAUUUUAUAGUUCUAUGUUUUUUUGGAGGGAAAGUUUUAUAAAAAUGAAAUCAUAAAACACACACACACACACACCAUUGAUAGACAUUGUGCUAUAAGUAUUCUCAGUAUUAAAAGAUCUCAACCAUUAUCUCAUAUCAGGUAUAGUUUAACAUUUGCCAAUAUUUUAUCAGUCAAAAUAAAUAAAAUAAUUAAUUAUUUUCAUAAUUUAACACUGAACAGAAUGUUGUAUCAUGGAAAUAUUAAA